CGCCCAGCUCCAUUCCGCCCCUCCUCCGGCCCGUCACGCUCGGCGGCACCUGCGGGAGGCUCCUGGCUCCCCCCCUCCUUCCCUCCUUCCCUCCGUCCCUCCCGCAGCAUCACACCGCCAGCGGGAGGCAGGAGGCGGCGGGCAGCGAGAGGAGCCACCGGGAAGAACCGGUUGUAUAUUACAGCUUCACAUUUUCUGCUGAUGUCCAGUGCACAAUAGAUUUUCUGAACAGUGUUUGACAGGUGCUUCUCCAGUAGAACAGCAGUCUUUCUUUGAGACAAGAUGGAGGAAUCAUACAAAGAUAGGACUUCUUUAGUGAAAGGGGCAAAAGAUAUUGCUAAAGAGGUGAAGAGGCAAGCAGUGAAAAAAAUGAAUAAAGCUGUUGACAAAGCUCAGGACGGCUACACACAGAGGUCAUACAACCGAUUCCAGGACGAGGAAGAUGAUGAUGAUUAUUAUGUUCAAGGAGGAAAUUAUGGCACAGAAGCUAAUGAUGAUGAAGGGUCAAGUGAAGCAACCGAAGGGCAUGAUGAAGAUGAUGAAAUUUAUGAAGGGGAAUAUCAAGGAAUCCCCAAUAUGGGGCAGGGCAAGGAUGGCAUGGUGGCCUUAGGGCAGUCUAUGCAUGAUGAAUAUAAGGAUCGUCGUGAACUGGAAACAGAGAGGAAAGCUGAUGAAGAAGAGCUAGCACAGCAGUAUGAACUGAUAAUACAAGAAUGUGGCCAUGGUCGAUUUCAGUGGGCACUCUUCUUUGUUUUGGGAAUGGCCCUAAUGGCUGAUGGGGUCGAAGUUUUUGUGGUUGGAUUUGUGUUACCCAGUGCUGAAACAGACAUGUGCAUACCCAAUUCUGGAUCAGGAUGGCUUGGUAGCAUAGUGUACCUUGGGAUGAUGGUGGGGGCAUUCUUCUGGGGAGGCUUGGCAGACAAGGUGGGAAGGAGACAGUCACUCCUGAUAUGCAUGUCUGUCAAUGGAUUCUUUGCCUUCCUUUCAUCAUUUGUCCAGGGGUAUGGCUUCUUCCUCUUCUGUCGAUUGUUUUCUGGAUUUGGGAUUGGUGGAGCUGUGCCAAUAGUUUUCUCCUAUUUUUCGGAAGUUCUUGCUCGGGAGAAACGAGGUGAACAUCUGAGUUGGCUCUGUAUGUUUUGGAUGAUUGGCGGUAUCUAUGCAUCUGCAAUGGCUUGGGCAAUAAUUCCUCAUUAUGGAUGGAGUUUCAGCAUGGGAUCUGCUUAUCAGUUUCACAGUUGGCGAGUAUUUGUGAUCGUCUGUGCACUGCCCUGUGUCUCUUCUGUGGUAGCCCUCACCUUUAUGCCAGAAAGUCCACGUUUUUUGUUGGAGGUUGGAAAACAUGAUGAAGCUUGGAUGAUACUCAAGCAAAUUCAUGACACAAACAUGCGAGCUCGGGGUCAGCCUGAGAAAGUCUUCACAGUUAACAGAAUCAAAACUCCAAAGCAGAUAGAUGAGCUCAUAGAAAUAGAGAGCGAUACAGGAACUUGGUACAGAAGGUGUUUAGUUAGAAUUCGCACAGAGCUAUAUGGUAUUUGGUUGACUUUCAUGAGAUGUUUCAACUACCCAGUGAAGGAUAAUACCAUCAAACUUACAGCUGUGUGGUUCACCCUGUCUUUUGGCUACUACGGCUUAUCUGUCUGGUUUCCUGAUGUCAUUAAGCAUCUGCAGUCAGAUGACUACGCGUCCCGAGUGAAACAUUUCCGCAAUGAGGAGGUUUCGCAUUUCGUCUUCAACUUCACAUUGGAAAAUCAAAUUCACAGCAAUGGAGAAUACAUCAAUGACAGGUUUAUUAUGAUGAAGUUUAAAUCAGUAACCUUUGAAGAUUCCCUUUUUAAGAAUUGUGUGUUUGAAGACAUUACUUCACUGAACACAUACUUCAGGAACUGCACUUUUGUGAAUACCACCUUCUACAACACAGAUCUCGAGCAAUAUAAAUUUGUUGACAGUGAUUUUAUAAAUUGCACAUUUUUCCACAUCAGGACAGGAUGCCAAAUUUCUUUUGAUGAUGACUACAGUGCCUACUGGAUUUAUUUCGUUAAUUUUCUGGGAACUUUGGCAGUGUUACCAGGGAACAUUGUGUCUGCUCUUCUGAUGGAUAGAAUUGGACGUUUAACAAUGUUAGGUGGUUCCAUGGUUCUUUCUGGCAUAAGCUGUUUUUUCCUGUGGUUUGGGACCAGUGAAUCCAUGAUGAUAGGUAUGCUGUGCCUCUACAACGGUCUCACCAUCUCAGCUUGGAACUCUCUUGAUGUCAUUACUGUGGAGUUGUAUCCUACAGACAGAAGGGCAACAGGCUUUGGCUUUUUGAAUGCGCUAUGCAAAGCAGCAGCUGUACUUGGAAACUUAAUAUUUGGUUCCCUUGUUGGUAUCACCAAAGCAAUCCCUAUUCUCCUUGCUUCUACUGUUCUAGUAUGUGGAGGUCUGGUAGGACUUCGGCUUCCUGACACGAGAACACAGGUGUUGAUGUAACUGGAAAAAGCCAUUUACUGUUUAUUUAUUUACUUGUAAAAUGUGAGCUCUACUGUUUGAUGGUGCAAAGGCUUCAGAUUCUCAAUGCUUAUCAGAGUGCUCUGAUGACAGAAAUCAAACAUGGAAAAAGAGUGGCAGAGAUUUAGAAAAUACUGUAUGAAAGUUUUAGAUUUCACUUUCAUUUGCUUGCAUACUUUGCUAUUUAAAACCACUUCACUUAACUUCAAACUGCAAAGCUACCUCUUAAAACACUUCCAGUGACAUGUCCAGGAAGACAAAAAUCAUACUGAUAAUUAGAUAUUUAAAAUGCAAGUGGUCAUGUUAUUAAAAAAAAAAAAAAAAAUUCAAUUUGGUCAUGGCAUUAUGAGCUUUUGUAACAGUGCAGACAUACAAGUCAAAUACUUAGCAGUAUUGGUGCAAGAAAUAUUGUUCUUAUAUGUAUCAAUGCAUGCAGCAUUAAUCAGGAAACUGUAUAGACUGCAUCAGUACUCUUUGUUGCUGGUCCUCAAAAAAAAAAAAAAAAAAAAAAAAAGUUUUCUUCUCCUUUGUGGCAUCUGGAAUAUUUUUGCCAUUUUAAAACUGUGAAUGUGUCUUGUUCCAGGUGUAGAUCAAUACAAACCAGUGUUUAUGUUAUUGUAAGUAUGAAUAAGGGAAGAAUCAAGCCAGUAGACUCUAUGAAAAGUAAAAUGCUGUCAGAGAAGCUUGUUUGGUACAUUUUUGUUUGGUAUUUACAAUUCUAAUACAUAUUUCUCUGUCACAGAAUGCCACCUAUUGAAUUUAGUCAGGUCAUAACUUCAACAUAGAGUAUAGUGUAAUUAAAAUCUCUCAAAACGUUUUCUAAACAAUAUCAAAACAAAGAAAAGCAAUAAUAAAAACCUGAAUUAUUUUCAUAGUUUAUACAUUCCUUCAUACAACCAUUUACUCAGCUGAUUUUUAAUAUCAUAGAAAUAUCUCACCAUUUUCACCAUUUAACACUUUCAAACAGCUCUUGGAAAAGCCAUUAAGAAACCAUGCCAAGGCUGUAGGCAGUGGUCAUAUCUUUAUGAGACCAAGUGUAAAGAUGGAGAGUAAAUGUUAGUAUAUAUGUUCCUUCUAAGCCAUAUGCUAUGAAUUGUCAUGGAUUGCAAUAAAGACAUCCCCACCUGUCCUACUGCCCUGUAAAAAUGUUAUUAGAUCUCUUUAAAGUGUUAGCAUUAAAAGUUAAAUGUAGAUACAUCUAUAAAAUUAUUAGACAAAAGGGACAGAUCUGCUGAUUACAGAAACUGGCUUUGCUUUCACUGAAGCUAAGACAGUCUCUAUCAGCUGAUGAUAGAGUUUCAAGUUUUAAAGAAAAAAAAAAAACUUUUAUUAGGUGGCUGAAUUAUUACCAAAGAAAUUAGGCUUUCAGAUAAAGUCAAUGUAUAUAGUAAGAUAGAUUUUUUCACUUUUGUUUUCUCUUUCUCAUAUGUAAGAACUACUUACUUUUGGGUAGUAAUAUCUAUCUCUGCAUUAUGUCAGUUGUCAUUUUAGUUGUGUUGAAAGAGUCAGUAAAAGACAGUCUAUACAAGAUGAUUUAUUACAUUUAAGGUUCACUAUUUAUUUACUAAAUGUGGAAGUUACGUUUUUUGAUUUUGAACAAAUGCCUGUGCUAUAUAUUGUAGCAUAAAAAAUUAACCCAGGGUGUGGUUUCUAGUAUUAACAAAUGAGAAAACGGGCUAAAUUUAAAAAAGCAUAAAUAUUGAAAAUUACUAGGCAUUUUUUGAUGUUGAUAAAUAAAAUAUGGUAAAGAAACAGAAACAAAAACAAAAACAAUUAAAAAAAAAGAACGUUUAAGAAGUAUGUUUAUUUUACAACAUAAACAGUCAAAAUGUCUGGCAUAAAAUAUUGUAUAUCCAACCAUGAUUUAAAAGAUGUAUUUUAAAUUUCUAAAUGAUAUUUAAAAAAGGGGAGGAAAAAUUAUUUUUUGCCAGGUUCCAGGUUAAGAAUAAAACAUGGGCCUUACUUUUGCACCUGUCGCUUUUGUCCACUAGUCAGCAUCUUAUUAUUUCAAGGCUGUUUUCCCUAGUAAGAACCGUAUUUGUCUUUGGCCCCACUUCUCUGUGCCAUUCAUUAGUUGUAUAUGUCCACCUCCUUGUGUUUACUUUACAUCUUAUUUUGAAAUCUGAAGCCUCUGUACGUAUCCUGAGUGAAAAUCAACAGCAAUGGUAAUAUUACAUUGUCUUGCUGUGUGCACUGUCCACUUCAAGUAGCAUAGUCUGUCCAACUCUGUAUAUAAUAUUGAAGAACAUCCAGAUCCAAUGCAUUGUGCCACCUGAUCAGUGUGGAGGUGGUCCACAGAACAAUAAGACUCAACUCUUGAAGGUUCUAGUUCAAGGUUAAUGCACUAAAAUCUCAUUACUUGUAAAAUCAUGCUGUUUGCAAUGCUGGUUCUUAUCCUAAUUCCUGGCCACAUCGUAAGUAUAUGAUUAAGUCUGUAUAUAGUGAAGUGAGCAGCCUGAAAACCUGCAUUGUACUUGGAAUAUAGCAACAGAGGAGAUUAGUAAAGACAAAGUGCCCAGCAAUGUGGACCUUGCAUGGUCCAGGAUUAGAGGGAAUGUUCUAAGGUAGGAAAAUGGAUUAAAGAGAAUACUGGUUAGGAAAGAGGAGAAAAAGUAAACAGAAGAGAACAAAAUGAAAAAGUCCACAAAUAUUUCCACCAUAUUAAAACUAAAACUAGAAUCUCAAUAAUUGAUUAGCCAGUUGGCUCAACACAUUUGAACUGAUGUGUGAGCCAGCAUGAAAGCUGUUUGAACAAUCAAGUGGUUUGGGCUUGAAUGCAAUUAAGAUUUAUCCCAUAAAGACAAAAGAGUGAAUGUGAUUUCAAGUUAUAAAUACUUGGUAAGAUGCUUGUACUCCACAGUCUGAAACAGAAAAAUGUGAUCCCUGGAGAUCUGGAUGCAAAUGUUAUGUAAAUUAUAAGCAGAAGUGAGCUGUCUGGUCUUAAGGGAAUGCAUCUUUUUUGCAGCUUCUGAAGUGAUCUCAGGUAAUACACAUUGGACAGUAGGAAUUUCACUUCCUUUCUAUGUCUGUUCAUUUAUAUCUCACACAAAAAGUCACUUAGUGGCCUAUACAUACCCUUGAUGCACCUAUAAUUAAGAGGUCAUUUGCAUAUACCUUCAAAAGAGAAUACCAUAUACUGCCUUAUAUGGCAACAUAACUGUGUUACAUACACACAGAGAACUGAACUUGAUGGUAUUUGUGUAUCAGAGCUAACAACCACACAUAAUUGACUGACCUCUAACAGGAAAAUUAGUUCAGUCUAAAUUGAAGUCAGACACAGGGUCCAAUGCCCUUCUCCUGUAAAUCUGAAAUAACUCAUGCCUGUGACAGCAAUGAAAAAAAGUACAACAUACCCUAAUGACAAAGAAACUGGAUAGCAUUUAUAAUGAUACUUACUAUGAUGGUCAGCUGUUUUAAAACUGACAGCAAAACAGACCACAUGUUUUGAUUUUUGCCAAAUUUUAUUUUUAUUAUUUUUACUCGAGACAGGUUGAUAGAAAAUCUUCACUUACCAGACUUCUUUUUUUCCCUUUUUUUUUCUUUUUUUUUUUUUUUUUCGUGAAAGCAUGUUAUUCGUUGUGUUUGCACCCUUUAACAAGGUUGGCUAUAGUCGUGUUAGUACCUUGUCAGUUAGGAGCCUGCACUACAACACUUGGCAUGCAUUGCAUUGAUUGCUGAGUACAGAUUCCUAAAAAGGGAACCAGGAGUUUCAUGGUUUCUGGAGUGCUCAAAGGAAUUGCUAAUGGAUGAUAUAUGGGGAAGCCUUCUUCUUUUGUGUUUGAUUUUAGCUGGUGCCCUUCUAAAGGCAUGUACCACAACACUAGCUACAGAUGAAAAAUCAUUAGACUUCCUUCCUGAUGGAUCCUCUAGUAAUCCUCUCAGAAGAGUGGGGCAGCCAUGGCUGCUAAGUCAACCUUUGCUACCUUUCUUCUCUUGCCAUUCCAUUCCUUUUAUCUGAAACUGCAUUUCUUACCCAAAGGCCAACUACAAAUAGUUAAAGUUCAAUGCUCAUGCUCUUGCUUCUAGCUUCAUAGUAACAUUCAGCAAUAAGAUUUGACACUCACCAUUAGGAUUUGGUAAUCUCUUUUAAAAAAAAAAAAAGUGGAAAACAAACUCCUUCAGGCAAUUAUACAUAUAUAUAUAUUUUGUUUGUUUGUUUGUUUGUUUGUUUUGAGGGAAUGAGACUCCACAUUUCCCUACAUAUCCAGAAGGCUGAACUAAUACAUGUAGGAGGAAUCUCCUCUCAGAAUGGUCCUUUUUUGGCUCCUUCAGCUGUUUCAGUUCAGUGAGUAGAAGUAUGGAGGAAUUUUCUUGUUUGUGAACUUAGCUCAGCUCCAUUUGAAGGAAAUAUUAUUCUCUGCUCUUUUCUUUUUCUACAACAUAGCCUUAACUUCACAUAACUCCCUGGGCCUACUCUUGGAACAUUACUGCUAAUUCCAAUUCUUAGCAGUAUAGUAUAGUCAUCAGCACCUCGAACAAACAGACUCUGUGUGCUAGAUUUAUAUUCUCUUCCUUACUGUGAGUUUUAAAAUGAUCGUCAUAAGUCAGGAAGUGAUGUUUACAUCCAGUCACACCUCUUUACCUAAAAAAGAUGAUAUCAUUCUAAUAUAGCUACAAGCCAUGUUUCCUGUUUAGUAACCUGGAAAUGCAAUUGAAAUUUCAAUCAGAAGGUUAAAAAUGAAUCCUUGCACUCAGGGGGUUAAAGAUACAAGAAGUGAAAACAGAAAUGCUCCACUUCCUCCAGAGUCUUGAAAGAAAACACAUGUUCAGUAACCAUAUUCCAGAAGAAAGCUAGUCUGAAAGACUGUUUUUACUCUGCAUUCCCUGCACUCUUGUUCAUUAAACUCACUGUAAAAUAUUAAGUAUUUGCCUGAAUUAGUACUUUCCAAGGCUGUUAGUUUUGGAAAAAGAGUAUGAAAAGACAGACUUCUGUAUGUAGAUUGGCAAGACAGGGAUCAAGCAGUGAUGUGGAAUUAGCAAAGACAUAUUAGUGAAUCUGGAACUUAGCUCAGGACCUCAAUUAAACAGAAAACACCAAUUUAUAAUGCUACCCACAGAUCUCUUUUACCUUCAUUGAAUCACACCAUACGAUGAAAUCAGCCUCACUUGCUUUCUUCUACUCUUAUUCUAGUAUUCCUUAUAUAUAUAUAUAUAUACCUUACUCACAUGAACUAGGUGAUACAAAUUUAUUUUCUUUUUCAAUUGUUAUCUGCCUUUGUUGCCAUGGUGAAUACCUUAUUUCUUCAUGCAAAGGAAAGAUGCUUCAAUAUUUAAUCAUACUCUAAAGCUGUAAGAUUAUCCGAUAGACCGUUGUGCACAUUCAGGGCCUUUCUUAGAACUUCAUGUGCAUUCAGGACCUUUCUUUGAUGCAGUGAUUUAGUAUGUCAGAAACAAGAAAAGGACUAACUGAACAUGAAAAAUAUUUUUUUUUUGAUAUGUUGUUAGGUUGAGUCAUCUCCAAAGAUGUUGGUCUGUAAUAGAUAGCCAUGCUCCCUAGGCCAUGGAGUACAUCCUCUACAAAUAAAAAUGAAUAAAACAUUAAUUAUUAGCAGUCUACUCUCACAACACACACAAGAAACGUGAGUAGAAUGAAAGUACUCCCCAGAAUGGGAAAAAAUACAGGUGUAAUUGCUGUCUGUGUUUACAGUGUUAAUGACGCUCUUUGCCUGACAAAGACCUAAACCAUAUUGUUUGCUCCUUACCUAUGCACAGUCCAAAAACCAAAACAAAGAAAGAGGCUACUUACCAAUGAAGUUAUUUGCCUUACACAAAAUAAUAUUGUCCCUUCCACUGAGAAUAUUCAUGAAUACACAUUUUAAUGCCACAUAACUGAGAGGAUCUGCAGAGAUCUCACUCAUAUGCUGGAUCUCAACACCUUCAUCUGUCUGCAAGUGAGAGAGAAAAAUUUCUGGCAGUCUGUGUUUCAUCACUCUUGCCACAGUCCAUGUUUUUCUCACUGUCUUACUGUUCAAUUCUGGGCAUCUACCACCUGCCACUCAGUUUUUACCAAUAGUUCUGUCCAAGCAAGUUGAAGGUACCUGCUGCUAACGGACAGCACUCAUAACUCAUUGCAAGCGUAAGAGUUCAGUAUCUUACAUAUUGUCCGAGUUUCAUGUUGUCUACAGCUAGAUUCAUCACCUUGCAUUUAUCUCUGAUAAUACCGCAUGUAUUCUAACCUAUAAAGCAUGCCCUAUAUCCUCUGAAUAUCUGUCUUGUAAAUAUAUGCCUGUCCCCCACUGUCUAUGUGGCAAAAGUCAUUUGUGCAUCUUCUGUAGGACCUGUUUUACACGUUUAAAAUGUGGUCUUUCAAAAGAAGAGGGUGGGGAAAAUAAUGAAAGGGAAUCAAAUUGCUAAUAGUAAUAUUUCAAGGUGUAGUGUUCCAUUAUUUUUUAUUUUGGGAAGCUGUUUUCUUUAAGUCCUACCCUGCAGCUCUGUAAUACUGUAGACUGUAAACAAGAAGUAUUACAUCAUUAGAGGUGAAUACAUAUGUGGACACACAAGUUUGUGUAUGUAUACAUGCACGCACACACACACACAGACAAAGACAGGUUGAUGUAAGAUUUAUAAACCAUAUUCUCAUCUCAUUCUUGAUCUAAGUGUUACUUUCUGCAUUAUGUGUUAUUCUUUGAACACAAAUAACAUUCUGUUCAUUUCCUUGUGCAAAACACUUUACUUCCUCAUGCAUAAAAGUCUUGAGACGCCAAAAUUCAUCUUAGCUGUCAAUUAGCUUUCUAGCAUUGGAAAAGAACAGGUGAAAUGGUCUGAAAAAUAAAAUUUGACUUAGCUGUAGCCUUCCUGCAGACACACUUUUCAAAACAGUGAGACAGUACAAUUUGUUGUGAGGGUGACAGAGCACUGGAACAGGUUGCCCACAGAAACUGUAGAGUUUCCUUCUCUGGAAAUCCUCAAAACUUGCCUGGACAUGAUCCUGGUCACCUUGCUUAGCAGGGGAGUUGGACUGGAUGACCUCCAGAGGUCCCUUCCAACCUCGGCCAUUCUGUUCGUCUGUGAUACUGAUGAACUCUUUUUGUCCCAGUGACUAAGAGAAACAGCACUCUCAGAUAUUUUAAAUCCUGAAAAGCUAGAGUUUUGUCUUAUUCAAAUAGAAAUCCUUUAAAAAGGUCCAAGUGGAUCUCAACAUGUUAGCUUCUGUGUAACGUAUGAGAAAAUGUCUGUGCCUUCCUGUAGCAUAUGCUUUCCAUUGUUUCUGCAUACAUGGCUGCCGUUCUAGUAAUGUGGUUAUUCAAUUGUUUACUGCUGCUCUUAUCAGCAAUCUUUGACCAGCCUGAAACAGAGCCAUGUCCAGGGUGUCUUUUAGUUAAUGAUUAACAUCCCCAAGGAUCUACUACUGUAGUUAGUGCAUUAUAAAUUAAUUCCAGUUAUAAUUCAAGUUAAUCCAGGGUGAAAAUAGCAGCACAUGCACACCCAUGUGCUCACAGAGCAGUGAGGGUAGACAGAGUUCUUUCAAAAGCUCUGGCAUCCACUACAUUACUCCUUCCUUGUUUUAAGGACACUCACUCGUCCACAUAUGCUUCCCCUGGCAGGUAUGUGCACACAUCCUACAGAACUAAGAAAUCACUAGAAGAAAAGGCAUAUUGAUUUCAGAGGAGCUAACAGUGUACAUUUCCUAUAGGAAAACUAACUGCUUUAUAGUAAGAUAAAUAAACAAAUAGUAGGAUAAAACAAAACAAAGCAACAACAAACAAACAAACAAAAGAAAAAAAGAAAAAAAAAGCCAUGAAGCAAGCAAUUGGUGGUGGUGAUGAUGGUGAUGGUGGGUUUGAUUGGUUGUUUUUUUUAGUGUGUUCUCUGAGUUAAUAAACUAAGCACCAGCCUAUAUCAAACCUUCAGAAAGGGUAGGUGUGAAAGGUGGCAAUAGUCACCUAAUAAGACUUUUAUAAAGUACUGGGUCUUUCCAGAAGCAAAACCUGUAUUUAAUGAGUAAUACUGCAGCAUGUGGCUUCUAAUAGGCAUCGUGAAUAGACUGUUUCAAGCAGAAAUUUGCUGUCCAUAUUUAACAUAGCAGCAGGUGAUAGUACAUCAUUCUGGAAAUUUAUACACAUUGAUUAAAACUAAUAGUUUAUAAAGAAACAGAGAAAAAGCAAGAUUUGGAGAGAGAUCUUACAAAAGUAAAAAAAAAAAAAAAAAAGCAAAACAAAAUGAAAAAGCCAGCCUCCAUUCAUCUUUUGUGUCCAAACCUUGAAGGUCUUUCCAGUUUCUUUGUGCCCCUUCUAAUAUGCCCACUGAUUCAUUAGUGCUUCACUAGUCAUAAUCAAAGUUUUUACUGACAGUUGAAACAAAAAUGAGAACUGGUACAAAAUUAGAGCUGCAGGAAAGCCAGCUCAUUUAUAAAGAGAAAAAUAAAUGCACCAAGCUGCUAGUGACUGCGUUUAUUGUCUUCCUUGUGUUUUAUGAUAUUACAAACUGUUACAUGAAUCUAGUGAUGUGUGUGUAAGCUGAUCCAUGUUUAAAUCAAUAUUGUAACUUGCAAGAUGGGGAUAUUAGCUUUCUUAGCUUUUUUCAUCAAAAAGUGAAUGUAUUAAAUACAUGAUUGUGUAUACUGGCAUGUGGAAAUUUAUGUUGUGAGAGAAAUAUGUUCAUUUAUCUCAUUUUUUCAACAUGAAUAAAGCUAUUCGUGUUUAAAAAC